AUGUUGUUGAAGACGAUUACAGUGGAGGAGUGUAUGUUCCUUCGUUCGAUCUCCCUCAAUCUUCCGGCCGGAGAUUCACCGGCGCAACAAAGUGUUGAACCGUCGGUCACUUGGGGUAAUGAUCAGUCAACGGGUUGGCCUUCAUGGGAUGAGCCAAAUCCGUACCAGUACGAUCGCCUAAUAACUGAUCGUUGUUGGGGUCCAGCUGAUGAUCAAUAUACGUACGAGCCUCAGUUCGUGGAGGAUGCUGGUAAUGUAGAUGAAGAUUAUGUUCCAUCGUCUGAAGCCGAGACUGAUACAAGCGCCUCUGAAGACUUGUCGGAGCCAGAGAACGUGAGAAGGGCAGGGAUUGAAUAUGCAGGUUGGCAGAAUUUGCAGAUCGACGAGGAUGAUGACGAACAGGUUCCUGGAGCAGAUGAACUAACUAAUUGGUUAGUUCCGGUUAUCCCGUUGGACGCCGCAGCGGCAGUUGUGGAUAUUGAAGAUUAUCAGCUAUUGCCUCGGGAGUUGUCAAAGAAUAUGGCAAGGAAUUUUCUGUCAGCAAAUCAGACAACAGACGAGUCUACGUCAAAUGCAAGCAUUCAGAUACGUGCCCCUUCAAGCUCCAUGCAUCGUCACAAGAUGGAGUCAUUUGGGGAGUGUAUAAGUUCACCAAUGAGCACUCAUGCGACGGCCAUCCAGCUGGAGCUGCGACGUGAGUUUGGCGUACAGAUCAAGUACGAUGUUGCAUUGCGAGCCCGUAAUCGAGCCACUGAGAUGGUUUAUGGUCGACAUGAUCAGUCCUUCGAGAUGCUGCCCAAGUACUUAUACAUGUUGAGACAAUCCAAUCCCGGUUCGAGGGUGGAGUGGGAAGUUGACGAUGAUGGCCGAUUCAAACACUUAUUUGUUGCUCUUGCAGCUUCGGCUACCCCUUUCAUGUUCAGCUUACGGCCAGUGAUUGUCGUCGAUGGCACACACUUGAAGGGCAAGAAUAGGGGUAUUUUGUUUGUUGCAGUGACGAAGGACGGCAACGAGAGUUUGUUCCCACUCGCGUAUGGUGUUGGCCCGAAAGAAAACGAUGAAUCGUGGAGUUAUUUCAUGUCACGCAUUCGACGUGUUUAUGGCCAAGCCGAUCCACUUUUGAUUGUCUCUGAUCAGCAUAUCUCCAUUGCCAAUGCUAUCAGGAAUGAGUUACCAAAUGCAACCCACGGCCUAUGCUACUACCAUUUGCAAAAUAACCUGAAGCAUUACGGUAAGGCAGUGGUCGAGGUGUAUCGACAAGCUGCAUUUGCGUACGAGAAGUCCGACUUCAAUAGGGCUAUGAACGCCCUGAAGGUUAUGAAGAGAGCCGCGUACGAUAAACUAAUGGGGAUUGGGCCGGAGAAGUGGGCUCGUUCGAUGUGUCCUAUGCCUGUGCGACGCUACAGUUUUAUGACAUCAAAUGCUGCUGAAGCUUUUAAUUCCAGAUUGUUGUGGGCAAGAAGACUUCCUAUAUGCUCGAUGUUAGAGGCAAUCAGAAUUGUUAUUGAGAAAUGGUUCAGCGAGCGACUAAGGGCUGCACAACAAAUCGAGCAAGGCUUGACUGUUGAGGCUGGUAAAAGGGUAGCUAUUGAAGUCCAAAAAAGUCGUCGAUACACUGCACAAAGGUUGAGUGGCAUGAAGUAUAAGGUGCAAACUGCUGACAGAAGCUUCAAGGUGGAUCUAGAGAAGAAAAAAUGCGAAUGUCGAGUAUUUCAGCUAGACCAACUGCCAUGUUCUCAUUCAAUCGCUGCAAUAAGUGAAGCCGGUGAUACGAUCGCGGAGUAUGUAGACUCGUACUACACGAAUGACUUUCUUAUCGAUACUUACUCUCGCGAAGUUAAUAAUCUCCCGCCGAGACGCCAGUGGUUGGUUCCCGAGCACAUCGCUGAGCAGGUUGUAUUACCUCUGAUUGUAAAAGGUCAAGCGGGGCGCCCAAAAGAAGGUAGACAUCGAGGUGGUGGUGAAGGCACCAGCACACCCGCCGAUGAGUCUUCUAGUAUCAGGCGUCGUAAAUCAAAGAAGUGCAGCAUCUGCCAUGAAGAAGGACACAGCAAGAGAACGUGCGCUGGCAGGGCGACUGAGCCCAGGGAGUAG